AUGCGGCUUCUGCAAUGGACUCCUCUCUCCGUGGUCGCUCUCCUCCUGCUCAUAGACACGGCCGUGGCGGAAAUCUUCGUGUAUGUGGUCUACCGCUACAACUCCACCUGCAAAGACUUCGGAGCGCUCUCUGCAUGCCUCGGGUCGCCGCUGCCAAGAGAGGGACUCAGGGGCUACCUGAUGGAGGCAGUGCCUGCAAAUGCAUGCCACCCUAUCGGGGGCCCGCCAACAUCCGCCAACUCCUCCAGGGCCUUCAUUGCGCUCAUCCGUCGCUACGACUGCCCCUUCGGUGUUAAGAUCCUUCAUGCUCAGAAAGCCGGCUAUCGAGCUGCUAUCAUACAUAACGUGAACUCAGAGAAGCUGGUGACUAUGGUAACUAAUGUUGAAGACAUCCGGCGGCAGAUUGGGAUCCCUUCUGUCUUUACUGGGGAAUCAGCUGCCAAGCUGCUAAGAAGCGUUCUGGGUUCAGAAAAAGUUGCUCGUGUCACGCUGGUGGUACCUGAAUAUUAUCGAAAUCCCUGCUGGGACAAUAACAGGUUCUCCAUCUGGGACACUGCUCAGUACUACUGGGACCUCCAAUUUGGCUAUUGCUCCAAACACACGCUCUUGCUUUUCCUCCGGGAGUUUUGCCUGGUGCUUGGUGUGAUCAUCAGCACCCUGGUCAUCGUGGGAUGCGUGAGAUGGUGUAGAAAGAGCCGGGAGAUAAAAGUGCAUCGGUUCAAAAGUGGAGAGAAGUAUGAUGUGUGUGUGAUCUGCAUGGCAGAGUACGAGGAAGGAGACCGGAUGAAGAUCCUCCCUUGUUCUCACGCCUAUCACGGCACGUGCAUUGACACGUGGCUUCGCACCCAGCGGCAAAAUAAGACCUGUCCAAUAUGCAAACAGCUGGUGACUUAUAAUGUAGGGAUUUGACUUGGAAGCAGCAAUGGGAGCUGAGAACAACGAGGAACAAGAUGUCAAAGGCAAUGAAGACAGGACGAGGACGGCUGAGAUCAAAACACAAGUGAGACCUACACAGUUGUGCCCAAAGCCAAGCGAGCCUGCCUUUUCCAUUUCACCUCUUGCACUAGAAGUAUUGACCGCUUUU